CACAGAAUCAAAGGAGGAUGGGGUUGGAGGUUGUCACUAGGGUUGGCUGGAAUUCCUGCCUGUCUCCUUACAUUAGGUGCCCUCUUUGUAGUCGACACUCCAAACAGUCUCAUCGAGCGUGGCCACUUGGAUGAAGGAAAAGCUGUGUUGAGAAAGAUACGAGGAACGAACAAUGUUGAACCUGAAUACUUGGAGCUCGUUGAGGCAAGCCGUGUUUCCAAACAAGUAAAACACCCUUUUAGAAAUCUACUCAUGCGAAGAAAUAGGCCUCAACUAGUCAUUGCUGUCGCCUUACAGAUUUUCCAGCAAUUCACAGGAAUCAACGCGAUAAUGUUCUAUGCACCAGUGUUGUUCGACACUGUUGGAUUUGGCAACGAUGCAUCCCUGUAUUCAGCUGUUAUUACUGGUGCCGUCAAUGUAAUCUCCACUGUUGUUUCAAUUUACUCAGUCGACAAAUUGGGACGUCGAGUUCUCUUGCUGGAAGCUGGAAUCCAAAUGUUUCUCUCUCAAGUUAUAAUCGCUGUCGUAUUAGGCAUCAAAGUUACUGAUCAUUCGGAGAACCUUAAUAAAGGCUAUGCAAUAUUUGUGGUGAUUAUGGUUUGCACAUUUGUGUCUGCCUUUGCAUGGUCUUGGGGGCCUCUUGGAUGGCUCAUUCCUAGUGAAACAUUUCCUUUGGAAACUCGUUCGGCAGGGCAAAGUGUUACAGUUUGUGUUAACUUGCUGUUCACUUUUGUGAUUGCACAAGCCUUUCUCUCAAUGCUGUGCCAUUUCAAGUUUGGCAUUUUCUUGUUCUUCUCCGGAUGGGUUUUCAUAAUGUCGUUGUUUGUGUUAUUUCUGGUUCCUGAGACUAAGAAUGUGCCCAUUGAGGAGAUGACGGAGAGAGUUUGGAAGCAGCAUUGGCUCUGGAAGAAGUUCAUGGAUGACUCACUGGAUGAGGAAAAGGGAAGGGGUGAAAAGGAUGUCAAGAAAAAUGGACUUGUCACUGGUUUUGAUCCUAAUUCUGAGUUAUAAAAUAUACAGAAAAAGUUUUUUGUGGCAUGAUAUAAAAUGUAAGUACAAAAGCAGAUUGUUGUCGAUUGAAAUAUGGUGAAUUGAUGCAUUUUCUGCUACAAUAAAGUUGAGUGUUACAACUCAAACCAAAAAUUUCAAAAGAACACACAAUAUCGAAAUGACGAUUAGCAUCAA